GGUAUAUUUUGUUGCUGGUAUAAACUGAUACAGAUACAUACACUUUUCAAAGCUUUCGAGGAAGCUGCUUGAAAGCUGCCUUUGGUCGGCAGUCAUAAUAAACCUGCAACCAACUGUUGACGCAGCAGUUCGUGGGUACGGAAUAAAACUUGCCUUUCGCCAUGGAUUUGGAGCAGCGCACAUAUUUGCUGGUGACUGGCGCCUCGCGUGGCAUUGGUCGCGAGAUGGCCCAACAGUUGGCGCGCCAAUUGAAGGCAGCGGGAUCGUUGGUCGUAUUGAUGGGCCGCAGCGAGCCUCUGCUGCAGGAGACCAAGUCAACCAUACUAGCAGAUCGUCCCGAGCUGGCAGUGCACACGUAUUCGCUGGAGCUGGCCACAGCCGAUAGCUCGGAUUUUGAGCGCAUUCUUGGCGAGACGCUGGAGGGCAAAGAUUGCAAGGAGUUUGAGCGUGCGAUUGUGGUGCACAAUGCGGGCACAUUGGGGGACACAUCGAAGCAUGCCCGCGAGAUAGGUGACACAAAGGUGCUGGAGCAGUAUUAUCACAUCAACCUAUUUUCGGCAAUGGCAUUGAAUGCUGAAUUCAUGCGCACCUUCGCCAGUAUUCCCAAACUAGUGGUAAAUCUUAGCACAUUGGCCGCUCUGGAGCCAUUCCCCUCGAUGGCAUAUUAUUGCACGGUCAAGGCGGCACGUGAGAUGUACUUCCGUGUGCUGGCCCUGGAGGAGUCGGCGGGCAAGACUUUGGUGCUUAACUAUGCGCCCGGUGUCAUCGACACACAAAUGACGCUUCAGGUGCAAACAGAGUCACACGAUCCGGGCUUGGCGGCCGCAUUCAAGGAACAGCGUGAAUCGAAGACGAUGCUCACGCCACAGCAAACGGUGCUCAAAUUCGUGCAGGUGCUACAGGCAAAGAAAUUCAAGUCGGGGGAUCAUGUGGACUACCGCGACUAGAAAUACAAAUAUCCGAUCGAAAUAUACAUAUAUAUAUAUU